ACGACAGUUCAGCUCUCUGUCUGCUUUGAUUGUACCUCACUUCCAGAUAUCUCCAGGUUGACGUAUCACACUGAGCCACAUUAGGACACUAACUUCUACCAUAUCUAGAUUCCCACAGGACACUCCACCGAACAAAAUGUCAGCUUUCAGCAUACGAAAACAGUCUCCUAAUCCAAGCGAUAAUAAGAGCCCCUCUGUUGCAAUCAAAAGCAGACAACAGGCUACUCAUGAUAUUAAUAAACGAAGGACCCUUUUGCAAGAUAACAGCUGGAUAAAGAAGAGGCCUGAAGAGGAAAGUGCUGAUGAAAACUAUGGAAGGGCUGUGCUUAGUCAAUACAAAUCCCAAGAUAGCCUACACAGUAACUCAAAUGAAAAAGAAGAUCAGAAAGCCAUACUUGGACGAUACAGGUCUGAUACUACCUUGGACAGAAUUCCAGCCAGAAGUGAUACUGAUAAAACAAAUAAGUCCCCAACUCUGAAUAAUAAGCAAAGCAACAGACAAUCAUGGACUCCUAAUGCAGCAUCCACAAACACUGCUGUGACUUCUCCAAUCAAGAAAAAAAGGCAAUCUUGGAUGCCUCCCCUGGUUUCAAGUAGUAAGACAACAGAAACAGUGGAAACCAAACGGACCACUUCAGAAGAUUCAGAGGCUCCAACAAUGGAUGCCUUUUCACCAGAACAAGUGACCUCUCAGAAAUCAAAGACUGAUGUGGACAACAAAGAUACAGCAAGGAACCAAGAUCUUGAUAACCUCAUCAAAGUGAAUCCAAGUUCUUUCACAAGUGACAAGAAGAUAACUGAGCAAACAUAUGAAAAUCAUCCAAGGGCUCCAAAUAAUCUCCCAGAAACAAACUACUCCAGUGACAGUGAAAGAAAGACCAGCAAAUCAUCAUAUCAUGCCUAUGAAGAAAAUAUAACUGGAAAUACUAUCAAAACUGUUUACUCUACUUCUGACCGGAGUAUAAUUGGAAAAGAUAUAUGUACAUACUGCAGGAAGCCUUUGGGCAUAGAUGCCAAAAUGAUCUUAGAUGCCCUGCAAAUUUGCUGUCAUUCGACUUGCUUCAAGUGUGAAGUAUGUAAAAGACCACUGGAAGAUCUGAAAGCAGGAGACAGCAUUUGGAUUUACAGACAAACUGUGCACUGUGAGCCUUGCUAUUCCAAAGUUAAAGAAAAAUGGAUCUACUAAUUCUGACAUACAAAAAGCAUGAUAAAGAAGUUCCACUAGUGUUUAGCUAAGUGUAUUGGCCUGUUAAUUCAAACCACUGUGGAAAAUGAUUUAAUUUUAUUGUUA